AUGCGUCUCCUAACUCAAACACGCGCAGCUGUACUCGCGGCUUUCGGUGCUCUCCUAAUUCAAAGUGUUCUUUCAAUACCCAGUGAGACCCCGCACGAGACACGCUACGGACGUUAUGAUUAUGGACCAGAGGGACAUGCCCACCUGAAGCGACAAGCCUCGGAUAAUGCAUUUACGGCGACCACUGGCCUUCCAUACACAGGCAGAGGACCGGGGGGUUCUGCUCCGCUGCGAUUGGAGGUCAGAGAAUUGGAAAAGAAUGCAACGAUGUGGACAUUGUAUCUUCUCGGAUUGGACUGGAUGCAAUCUGUUAAUCAAGGGGUGAAGUAUUCCUAUUAUCAGUUGAUGGGUAUGUAAGCCAGUCCAUUGAGUGUGCUUUAUACUAACAUAAGCAGGCAUUCAUGGAAGACCAUUUUCGACAUACGACCAAGUCGGCCCUGCUCCAGGAAUGGAGAAUUCUGGUUAUUGCCAUCAUAUCGAUAUAUUGUUCCCAACUUGGCAUAGACCUUACAAUAUUCUUUACGAGGUAAGAGCUGAUACUUUGCCCGAGGGUCUGCCAGAAAAUCCAGCUGACGGUCAUGUAGCAAACAUUACAAUAUUUGAUGCUAGUAAUCGCAAAUAUGUACCCCGAGGGAUUUGUAAGGGACAGAUAUGUUGAAGCUGCUCAGAGCUUCCGAAUCCCGUAUUGGGAUUGGGCUGUUGUCCCAGAAUCAGGACAAAGCGUUUUCCCUUCGAGUGUUCAACAAACUUCUGUUAGGCUCGAUGGUCCAAAAGGUCGUCAAAUUAUUGACAAUCCCCUCUUCACCUACAUAUUCCAGCCUCUAGAUCCAGUGCAACUCCCUAACGAACCCGUAAGUAAGAGAGGCAAUGUUAGCCCAGAUAGCCACUAAGUUAUACGCAGUUCAAUAAGUUCCCCAUGACCAUGAGAUAUCCAACUACUUCGGAUGCGAAUGCCGUCUCCCAAAAUUCUCUCGUCGCAAGACAACUUGACAACAGCGCACCCUCUUUCCGUAGCAGACUUUAUAAUCUGCUUACCAAUUAUCAUGAUUAUGCCACAUUUAGCAAUACGGCUUGGAUUCCAGCAAACGAAAACACAGAUUUUGAAAAGUUUGACUCGCUCGAAUCGUUACACGACCAAGUACAUGGUCUUGUAGGAAGCGGUGGACAUAUGAGUUAUAUCGAUUACUCUGGAUUCGAUCCUAUAUUCAUGCUUGUCCACUGCAAUAUGGAUCGUAUUUUUGCGAUCUGGCAAACGCUUAACCCCGGCGACUAUGUCAAUCCAGAAACGUCGCUGAUGGGCAGCUACACCGUUCCGAAAGGUCAAUUAGAAGAUACCAAUACUCCUCUAAGUCCCUUCCGAAUGAGGAACGGCCAAAUGUGGAAUUCCACCGGUAUUCGAUAUACGACCGAUUUUGGAUACGCGUACCCAGAGACUGCCAACGGAACCGGUGUAGACAUCAGAGCCCAAGCCGUCAGCGCAAUCAAUAAGCUCUACGGUCCGAACCCGCCAGGCGCUGUUUCUGGAGUCAUUGCAAGAGAUACGAGCAAUGGACUUGAAUACAGAGAAUGGAUCGCCAACAUCCGUGUUCUAAAAUACGCUCUCGACGGACCAUUCUUCAUCCACAUCUUCCUAGGAAAUUUUAGUGCGGAUCCGUUCCAGUGGUCCUUCGAACCCAACCUCGUCGGAACCCAUUCUAUUUUUGUCAAGGAUGUGAAUAAAAAGGAAGAACCAUGCAACUGCAAUGCGGAUUGGACGACUGGUACAAUACCCCUCACAGCUGCACUUAGCAAAGCCGUGGAGGCAAAGAGCUUGAAGUCACUAAAUCCCGAGGAUGUGGAGCCAUAUCUGGAGAAGAACUUGCGGUACAAGCUGAGUUACUUGAAUGAUGAGGAGGUGAUGUCGGAUGUAAAGAGCUUGAAGAUUACUGUUGUGAGUGCGCCUGUGAAGAAGGCGUCUACCGAGACGGAAUUACCACAAUGGGGAAAGUUCACUGGUAAUUUUACGGUGGCGGCGGGAUAGAGAAAUCAUUGCGGCUAUCUCUUGAAGGAUGAUAUUUGGGAGAAAAGGGUUUCCCCGUUUUUAGGCAGCUUUGUGGGGAAACUGACUUAUGCAUGCAGGGCUUUUUUGGAAACUUUUGGAGUUUUUCAUCUCUGUUGUGAGAUGCUGAUUUCCUAUCGUUAUGGGGUGGAAUGAGGAGCUUUGCAUUACUUGGAAGGCGUGAUUUCCAUCCUGGGGCUUUUUCUUUUUUGGAUUCAUGAGGACAACCCUUGGAGUCGGUGUUCUAUUCGCCUUUUUUCUUUCUGCGUUUCAUGUAUGGGUGCUUGUCCAGAACAGGCAUAAAUAGUAUUUUGCUUUUCGACUCUAUUGCGAGGAACCACCACAAUCGCAUGGCUUUGGGGUCAGCAGGUGGCGCAGUCUGUCUUGAUUCUUAGAUAGCCUUCUCUGUUUCCCUUUGGCUCUACCAGGCAGGUUUCUAUUUUUGGAUGCGACGAGAUAUCAUAGAUCAUGAUUAGGUACUAUGGGAGAGUAAUGAGCUAUGACCGAAAAGACUUUUGAUGAAUAUAGUUACGACUACUUUACUCUGAG